UAUUCAUGCCUUUAAAUUGUACCAAUUUUAUAGUGACAUCUGGUGAUAUAGUUUGCACAAUCGGUAGUCAACUUUACGCAAAAGUAGGUUAUCGGAUCGGAUUCGAUUAAUAGAAAUCGCCGCUAUCUUUACUAAUGUUAUUAAUUAUUAACUACAUUUCUAAGUGUCGCCCCCCGGCAGCGGACUAGUAGUCUCGGGGUGCAAUCACCGCCGAAAUUGGCGUCAGGAUAAUUAAUGCCGGCUCCUACUUUUCCCUAAUGAGAACACGAUAUAGAAUAUGCCCACUAUUUUUGUUACACCUUGUAACGUGUGUAGCCGGUAUUACUUUCACUCCAGAGAGUCCAGCUAUAGUCCAGCGGGAUGAAAAGAAAAAGCGUUAGGACUAUGGAAGGUGGAGGUAGUUAGAACUUUUUUGAUACGACGAGUCUGAUAUUAUUUUACCAUCUCGCGUCAUGUCAUGCUAAUGUCAUAGCCUAUUUAUAUUUUAUUAAUUGUUUUAAAAGUAAUAUUUUCAGUUUUCGAGCUUAUUUACACCAGAAAAUGUUAACUAGAUAAUUGAAGAAAUCGUACAGUAUUGUUUGUGAUUGGGUUCGGGUUCGGUUGUUAUUGAUCGUUCGGCGGCGCGCGGCGUUGCACAUAUCCUGCAGACGAUGGGAGCGGCCCUCCGCCAGCAGAGGUGGCAGCCCACCACCACCACCACCGAGGCGCCCGACUGGACGCUCGCGUGGCACUUCUUCUUCUUCACCUUCGAGCGCCCCGGCGCCACCAUCUUCAUCGCCGGCAUUAGCAUAGUGCACUCGCUGUUCCACAUCCCGCACCUGCUGCUGUACCGGCGGCUCGGGAUCCUCACGGCCUUCUGGAGCUUCGUCGGCGUGGGACUCGUUGUCGGAGCUGUCAUGGAGAAGGAGGUGCUGUACGACGCCUGGAUCUGGUACUCGUCGGUGUACGUGCCGGUGAUGCUGGUCAUCAUGUGCAUCGUGCUCACGGCUUCCGUGUGGGCCAUGGACAUCAAGCCGCUGCGCGCCAUCUUCGCCACCGUCGCCGUGCUCUUCUAUCUGUUUAUGUUCUACUGCAUCAUAUUCGUGCAAACGGAGAAGAGGAAGAUCUUCUCUACGACGACGGCGCCGACGACGACGACGACGCCGUGCCCCUGGUGCCCCACCUGCACCACGCCGAAAUGCACCACGCCCGAACCGCCCAAGGCCCAGCGCAGGCUGGCCCUACGCACGCUCCAGAUGCUAUUUGACGAGAGCCUGUGACCAGGGCGGGAGGGGGUCGCCCUACCCCUCUACGUAAUUAAGGAAGGACGGAUACUGGGCGUCGUGACGAAUCGCUGUUAUCUGUCUGGCCCCUGUUUGACAAUUGUCCACAAAAGUCUACAUUGAAUAUGUAGGUAUUAUCGUUACUUUUAUCGACCUAGAAAUGGAGAGGAAAUUGUCAGUGUCAGACUGUCAGAGGAUCCUUUUUCGUUAUCUGUCUUUCUAUCACUCUUGCAUAUUCGAAUCAUACAGAGGCAGAUACUCGUAACAAAAUUUCGAUCUUCGUGUUUCCCGGUAGGCCCUCAAGUGUAAAGUGUUACCGUGGUAAAAUAUUUGGUGAAGCGUGGUUGCAUUUUUAUCGCUUGUCAGUAUGUCUGUCUGUCACUUUCUUAACUUGUUAGAACGUGACAGGCAUGACGACCGCCGAUAAAAAUGCGAUGAAUCGGCCAUGCUACAGCCGCAGUGACAUGUUCACUUCUGGAAUUGUUAAUACAAAAAUAAAAUGACAUUUCGUAAUAA